UAUCAUUUUCAAACCUCUCUUUAAUUUCCUCUCUCUUCCCUUACACGAAGUUUCUACCAUUAACAUCCCUCUCUUUGUCUAUAAAUCUAGUAGCCAUGCUUCAAUUGUUUCCCUCCUUUCUUCCAUCAACCUUAAAGUUUGAAAAGAAUUCCAAAAGAAAUAUUAAAAUGAGAGUUUCUUAGUGACACAACAUGUGUUGUGGAAUAACAACCAUACACUGACCUACACUACUACAAACACUUUCCUUGUGAUAUAACUGUCUUCUCUAUAUACUUGUUAACUAACUCCUUUCAUCUUGUAUGUUACUUUAGGCUUCUUUUUCUCUUAAGUAAAUCAGAAUACAUAUAGGAUAUGGGUGAGGAAGUGAAGCAGGAACCACCCAAGGCAGAGUCAAAGCCAGAGGAAACUCCGGUAGAAGAGAAGAAAGAAGAGCAACCAGAGGAGGAAAAAGAGCCUAAACCACCAUCUCCAUGUGUGUUGUUUGUAGACUUGCAUUGUAUGGGAUGUGCAAAGAAAAUUGAGAAAUAUAUAAUGAAAACUAGAGGAGUUGAGGGAGUGGUGAUUGAUAUGGCUAAAAAUGAAGUAUUGAUAAAGGGAAUAGUGGAGCCUCAAGCAAUAUGCAAUAUUAUAACAAAGAAAACAAAGAGAAUGUCCAAAGUUAUAUCUCCAUUGCCUGAAGCAGAAGGAGAACCUAUACCAGAAGUUGUUACUUCUCAGGUUAGUGAACCAGUUACUGUGGAACUUAAUGUAAACAUGCACUGCGAGGCCUGUGCUGAGCAGCUCAAGGGGAAGAUACUCAAAAUGAGAGGAGUCCAAAAAGUAGAGACAGAUCUUAGCACAGGGAAGGUUACUGUGACAGGAACCAUGGAUGCAAACAAUUUAGUGGACUAUGUCUAUAGACGAACCAAAAAGCAAGCCAAAAUAGUUCCACAGCCAGAACCUGAACCAGAAUCAGAAAAGAAAGAAGAAGAGAAACCAGCUGAAGCAGAAGAAGCUAAACCAGAAGAAAAGAAAGAAGAGGUUGGUGAAGAAGAUAAUAAGAAUGAAAGUAAAGAAGUAGUAGAUAAUGGAGUUGAUGAUGAAGAAGGCAUCAUGAAGAGGAUGAUGUACUAUAACUACUACCAACCAUACUAUGUGGUUGAACGAAUGCCACCACCACCUCAACUAUUCAGUGAUGAAAAUCCCAAUGCAUGUUGCAUUUCGUAAAAUUCAUCACGUUCACAUUAUCAAACUAGUUAUAAUUUAAUGAUAUAUCGUUCAGUCUUUUUAUGUAUGUACGAUAUAUUACUAUAUAUUAAAUUGUUUGGACACUGUUUGGUUAAUGAAUUUGAUGUUGGGUA